AUGGAAGGCAAAACUAUGAUUUUAAGUGUGGUCAUGGUGAUUCUCCUCAUGGCGCAAAUUCAAGGACAAGGAGAGGAACCAAAGGUCUGCUGCCCGAGGGAGAACGCCAGAUAUUUGUAUGAGAAAUGUAAGGAAAGAUCAUCUUGGAGUCAGUGUUUGCCUUUUACUGGAUGUAGAGUAGCUUCUGGAGAUACUUGCCCUCCAGGAUAUCCUUAUGACAUUCUAAAAAAAACUGCUCAAGGUGAUGCUGUCAAUGAAUACUGCAAGUUGGGGUGUGGAUUCUCUGUGUGCGGUGCCUUGACCACUCUUCAGAACUCCGACGCAAGUGAAAUUGUGAGUGACGCGGUUGAACAAUGCACCAAGGCGUGUUCUACUAUAUGCAACAAGGGCUCUCUUGCAGCAGCUAAAAGUGCCUAA